AUGGGAGGAGACGCAGGGGCUGCGUGGGAGUACGGAGGGGAGAAGGCACGGGGCGUCCGCGGCAAGUGCACCGUCCAGGUGAGGUUAGAGCUGGGGCACCGUGCCCAACUGCGCAAGAAGCCCACCACGGAGGGGUUCACUCACGACUGGAUGGUGUUUGUCCGCGGCCCCGAGCAAUGUGACAUCCAGCACUUCGUGGAGAAGGUGGUCUUCUGGCUGCACGACAGCUUCCCCAAGCCCAGACGCGUGUGCAAGGAGCCCCCUUACAAAGUAGAGGAGUCGGGGUACGCUGGCUUCAUCAUGCCCAUCGAGGUGCACUUCAAAAACAAGGAGGAGCCGAGGAAGGUCUGCUUCACCUACGACCUGUUCCUGAACCUGGAAGGCAACCCGCCCGUGAACCACCUGCGCUGCGAGAAGCUCACCUUCAACAACCCCACCACGGAGUUCCGGUACAAGCUCCUGCGGGCCGGCGGGGUGAUGGUAAUGCCCGAAGGAGCAGACACGGUGUCCAGGCCCAGUCCCGACUACCCCAUGUUACCCACAAUUCCACUCUCUGCCUUCUCUGACCCCAAGAAGACCAAACCAUCCCACGGCUCCAAGGUUAGUGAGGCGGAAGGCCCAGUCGCAUGGGAGCGCCGGGCCCAGCUGUGCCCUGAGAGCUUCGCCGACGGCUGCUGGGGCGGCCGCUGGGUAGAGUGUCUGUCUAGGCUGCAGCUGCCCACCUCCUCAACCCUCCUGAGGGCAGCCGGGGCUACUCCUGCCCUUGGCUAUGCCAGGCUUUGCAUCUCGGGCUAUGGCUCACUGCAGAGGUUCGUGGGGGAAGGGCAGGGGAAGCCAGGUGGGCGCCAGCUGAAUUCCAGUGUGGAAGAAACUUUUUAUGGUCUCAUCUCGUCCCAGUCGGUCAGGGAGGAGUCUGUCCCUGGACACUCAGGUGGUUUUGAGAGGCCUCUGCCCAGCCUGCCCCUCCCGCAUAUCUUUGGGGGAGCUGUGAAGCGUGACCCCCCUCCUCCCUGGUACUCUCACUGCUCCCAGAGCCCCUCCCCAGGGCCUUCAGGGUCUGGCUGCUGCUGGCUUCUGUACCAGCAGGCCAGGUGCGUGAUCGUCUGGACAGGCUCUGGGGCCGCCGUGCACCUGCUGGCCGCUGCUCCUUUCCUAGCAAGGGCGGAGUCCCAGGCGGCUGACGGCAGAGAAGCCUGCUCAGUGCCCCUGGCCCCGCCCCGGGCUUCCAGCAAGCGGCCGGCCACCGCCGACUCGCCAAAGCCCAGCGCCAAGAAGCAGAAGAAGAGCAGCUCGAAGGGGUCCCGGAGUGCUCCAGGCACCUCGCCCCGCACCUCUUCCUCCUUCUCGGACAAGAAGCCGGCCAAGGACAAGAGCAGCGCCAGAGGGGAGAAGGUGAAGGCCGAGAGUGAGCCACGGGAGGCCAAAAAGGCCCUGGAGGUGGAGGAGUCCAACUCAGAGGACGAGGCCUCCUUCAAGUCCGAGUCUGCCCAGUCAAGCCCAUCCAACUCCAGCUCCAGCUCAGACUCCAGCUCAGACUCGGACUUCGAGCCAUCUCAGAACCACAGCCAAGGACCCCUGCGCUCCAUGGUGGAGGACCUGCAGUCUGAGGAGUCCGACGAGGAUGACUCUUCGUCAGGCGAGGAGGCUGCCGGCAAGACCAACCCGGGGAGGGACUCCAGGUUGAGCUUCAGCGACAGCGAGAGUGACAACAGCGCUGACUCCUCCCUGCCCAGCCGCGAGCCCCCACCCCCCCAGAAGCCACCCCCACCCAACAGCAAGGUGUCAGGCCGGAGGAGCCCUGAGUCCUGCAGCAAGCCCGAGAAGAUCCUCAAGAAGGGCACCUACGACAAGGCCUACACGGACGAGCUAGUGGAGCUACACCGGAGGCUGAUGGCGCUGCGGGAGCGCAACGUGCUGCAGCAGAUUGUGAAUCUGAUCGAGGAGACCGGCCACUUCAACGUCACCAACACCACCUUCGACUUCGACCUCUUCUCCCUGGACGAGACCACCGUGCGCAAACUGCAGAGCUAUCUGGAGGCCGUGGCCACAUGACCCUGGGCCGCGUGCCGGGCCCCCACCACCGGGGUCCUGGGAGGCUGCAGCCGGGCCCCGCCUGCCCUCCUCUCCCGUCUCGCCUGCCCGCAGCACUGCCUUAGCGACAGCCCUGUCCUCGCCCGCACGGCCCGCUGCACUUUCCUCGGCGGCUCCCUGCCCACUCUCCCUGCUCCAUCGCCAGGAGCCCUGGGGCCAGGCUGGGCCACCCGCGAGCCGCCCCUCGGGCUCCCCUCAGAGAGCGGCUGGUGUUGAAGGCAGCUCUGGGCAGAGACAGGGCCGGGGGCCCCUCGCCCAGCCUUGGGACCAGGCCCCACUCCUCGGCGGGCUGUGCGGCAGGGCGUGGCUGCCCCAGCCUUUCUGAGCAGCGGACCGAAGGCUGGGGAGCGUCUCCAGCCUCCUGAAUGGUUCAGAACACACCCUCUGCCCACCCUGGGCCUUAGAAGGCCCUGCCUGUGUGUCUGCGUCGUCCUCCGUGUAGACCUAGCGCCGGCUCCUCCCCGGCUCACGCUGCGCUGGGGUCCGUGCUGUAUAGUUCUCUCUAUUAUAUAUGUGUGUGCACUGUCUGGUUAAGAGCAGUGUCCAUGUGCGUUUCUGUGGCAGCAGUGCACGUGGGGGGGGUGGGGGGUGCGUACGGUGGGGCUUGUAGGUUAAGAUGUCUCCGCGGUGGUGUGUGGGGCUGGAGGCCGAGCCAGGCACGGCAGCCGGCCCUCUCCAGACGUAUGGAGGAGUUCUCCCUUUGCCGUUCCAAGGAUGCCGCCGCCUCCUGCCGGGGCUCCCGGGGGGCCAGCCAACACUACAAAGGGCAGUGAGUCCUCAGGGCGCCGGGGAGCCCCCACUCCGCUCUCGGGCUCUACUCAGACUAGCGCCAACAGUCUCCGGGGCAGACUCGCAUCGGCCGCCCCGGGGCUCGGCCUCCUCCCAUAGGCUCCUCUUCCUCUCUUUCAUUCAUCAAGUCUUCAAACUUUGAAAAAAAAAUAUGAGCUUUUGCCAAAUAAGACGGGAUAGUUUAUGGAGUUUUCUGAGGCGCAUUGGACUCCGGUCAGCCCCUUGAGCGUGGGCUCGGCCGUCGGCAGGCCCGCUGGGUUGGCUGGGCUGACCCUCCCAGGCUGCCUUUCUCUCUGGUCGUGGCCUGGCCCGCCCCGGCCUCCACCGCCACAAUUCAUGCUGGUGCCGUGCCUGCAGCCCCACUCCUGGUAUGCCUGAGAUUCUCCCCGGGCCAAGCCGGUCCUCCUUCCCGGCCCACUCUUCCAGGACCAGGACGCUCCUGUGGAGCCAGCCCACCUUGGCUGAGGGUCCCAGGGGCUGGAGGCCUGCCUGGUUAGCCUCCGUUUCCCAGACCUUGACUCGAGGCGCCUCCAGUCCUCCCAAGCCCCUGACUUUCAAGUCCUUUCAAGUCCUUGUGCCCUGACCAAGUUAUGAGGAAAAGAGGGCUGAGGGCCUGGAGGUGGACUCGCGCCCUCUCGAACCCACCUAGAUGUCUCCUCCUCCCCAGCCUAUGAGCUCAGACUUGGGGGGCUCCAUCUGUCCCUCCCUGAGGUCCCCAAUCUUGUCCCUGCUCUGAUUCUGUCAGCAGACCUGAACACUCCUUGGUGGGGACCCUGCCUCCAAGGCUGCCCCCAACCAGCUGUCCUGGGGAAACUCCCCAGAACUCUCGGGGAAGGGCCCGAGAACCUUCCGAGGAAGCCUCCGGGACUCCUCGCCACCUGCUCUGUUUCUCUCCCGGCCCCACUGCCUUCAGGUAUCAGGAAGAGGGCAGGCCCCUGUGCCCCCUCUCCCCUUCCCAGGUCGGCCAACAAUACUCCACCGUGGGGCGCUUCCUUUCUUCUCUGGAAACUAAGACAUUGGACUGAAGGAACUGGCCUGAGGGGGGCUGACCGGGGGCCUGUGCUGCUGGGUGCUCUAUGCACAGAGGCCGCCGGGGGUCACGGACAGGAAUCUCAGCCCAGGAUGCUGGCCUUGCUCCUUCACGAGAGUCCCCCCCAGGAUCCACACAGCGACUCGAGCAGCCUUCCGCUCAGCCAGAGGAGGGCCGGGCUCCCCCGCCUGCUGUCAGUGGUGGCGUCUGGCCCUUCCUGCGGUUUCCAAGGCCUCCGGAAGCACCAACCCAGUUCUCAGUUACCUCCUCUGGCCGGAAGGCCUCACGUUGUCCUCCAGAGCUGCUCUGGGCCCAGGGCUGGCUCCGUGACCACCCGAUGGACGUGCCGGGCAGCAUGGGCUCCAAAAGCAGCAUCCCCAGCUGCUCUCCCACCCCACCCCGGCUGCCCGGCAGCUGGGCCCACGAGGGCUCUGGGGACACUUCCAUAGGAAGGGGCCCGGCACUUUGUGAUUGCCACGUGUUUCGUGUUAAGCCGCCUGCCCCCAGUGCAAAUCUCUGUGUUUUGCUCUCUCCUGAACAAAAAUGUAAACCGACGCCGGAAAGCAAAUGGUAUCGAAUACCUUUCUUGCCCAUAAGGGUUUUUACAAAGAAUGUGUCUCACUAGGAACUAGGACACUCAUCGGCCCGAGACCAACUCCUGGAUAAAAGGAAUAAGGAGAAUCGUGUUUGUAAUGAGUUACAGGAUUGUUUCUUUCCUGGAUUUUAAACUUUUGUUAAAUUGUGAAAUUAUGGAGGAGUUUUAUAGAAAAAAAAGUGAAAUAAAGUCAGAUGGGAAAGCA